AUGGACCCUCUAUCAGCGAUUGGAUUGGCAUCGAAUAUCCUCCAGUUUAUCGAAUUUGGUACAAACUUAUGCGGAAAGAUCUACGAAGUCGCAGGCUCUAUAACGGGCUUGACGGACGAGAAUGCGCACUUGAGUGAGACGGUCGACGAUCUGAAAAAGGUCACGGACGGCCUUUCCACCAGCCUUGAAGGCAACAACAAGCAUGAGGUCGAGCUAGCCAAACUUGCUGCCCAGUGUAGGGACCUAUCGGAGGAGAUGAUGGGGAUUAUCUCGAAGCUUAAACUCAAGAAAGGGGACCGUAUGUGGCGUAGUGUCCGCGCGGCCUGGAAAAGCACCCUGAAGGAGAGAAAGAUUGCUUCAAUUGAAAGGAGGCUAGCAGAACAUCGAGCGCAGAUUGUUCUGCGCCUCAACAUAAUGCUAUACGAUGAGCAGUCGCCGAUUAAGGAACACCUGAAGCGGAUUGAACAGCAAGCUAUCAACUUGGGCAAUCAACAUGGUACGGAAUUGAAAACGCAGCGUCAUCAGCUGAAGGAUAUUAUUCAACGGCUGGAUACCUUUCGUAUCGACAACGCUGAUCCCCCGAGCUCGGCCGUAUGCCUCAAUGCCAUACAAGACAUGCGGGCAUCGCUAUCGUUAUUAAUAUCGCGCGCCAAUGAGAUCCCGCGAGAAAAUGAUAUCCUUCGUGCAUUGUAUUUCCCAAGCAUGUUCCGACGAGACGACGCUAUUGGUCCAGCAGUAGGGGAUACAUGCCGCUGGUUCGUCGGAGAGGACGAUCAGUCGGAUCAGAGCACAGAUGAGGAAAGCACAGAUGAGGAGAGUGAUCAUGACAGUGAUCACACAAACUCCACUCACAGCCAUGCCGAAAACACCCCGAAAGCCGUUUCACAGAGAAUUACAGGCCUGGAAGAACACGAAAUUGACAACCAGGGGCUGCAAGCCAGUCCUUCCAUUGCGAUUGGGGAACAAGGAGAGAAUAAUGAUGACGAUACUCAAAGCUUGGAUAGCGAUCUCGAAGGGAUCUUGGAAGAGGAACGGUCAUCACGAAAGGACGCUGCGAGCAGAUUUCUGCAUUUUCUACUUCACGAUCACUCUGUCUUUUUCAUAUAUGGAAAGGCAGGAUCCGGAAAAUCUACACUUAUCAAAUAUCUCGCGGACUCUGGAAAUGUCGCCGUGAGACAACGCCUGGACGAAUGGGCUGAAGGGCGUCGCUUGAUAUUCAUUUCUGCCUUUUUCUGGAGUGCUGGCGAUCAGUUGCAAAGAUCGCUUGAAGGACUCUACCGGUCAGUACUAUUUCAAGCACUUAGUCAAUGCCCGGAAUUGACUACCAAUCUGUUCGAAGGCGCACCCGGCUUCUCUGGCUGGCAGGAGGUCAGAUUAUCCCUGCUGAAAAAGAUCAUGGUCAAACUAAUUCAGAUUUUGGACCCAAAGAGGUAUACGCUCUGUCUGUUUAUUGAUGGGCUGGAUGAAUACGAGGGCGACAGCCUUGAUCAGACCGAGCUUGUCAGAAGCAUCCAGGAUUGGGGCCGUUCUGAGAACGUCAAGAUUGUGUGCAGUGCCCGUCCUCAUGAAGAAUAUAUGCAACUUUUCACCAAUCAGCAAAGAAGCAUGCCACUGCACGACUACACGAAGGGGGAUAUACUGGAAUAUGCGAUUACAAGUUUUCGGGGCUCCUCCGCAUCAUCUCACUGCCAGGAAGUCUCUAGCGUAUUUGCUUUGGCUCAGGAAAUAGUGACUCUUGCAGAUGGGGUUUUUCUUUGGGCCUACUUGACUGUUAGAUCGCUCAGCCAGAAGAUGCAUAUUUACCCCAUGGAGAAAUUGCAAGAGAUGCUGAGGGCCACACCCCGGAGCUUGGACAACUUUUUUGACCAGAUGCUAGACAAGGUGGACCGGUUGACUUGGGCACGAACGGAAAAGUUUAUGAGGCCCUUUAUAUACCGUACUAACUAG